CAACGCGGUUUUCUUCACGUCCCUAUGUUUCAGUAUUCGGCUAUCCUGUGCAAAAGCGUCCCCACCACCCCAGAGUCAAGUUGGCAAUUCUGCAGGUACAGAAAGCACUAGCACCGUAAGUAGUUUCGGCUGUUGCGAGGCGGGGACGUUUUUACACAGGAUAUCAGUGGAACCCCCACAGCCUGCCGCUGGUGAAUGAUAUCAAAUGCAAAUAUGUCUGGGUCUGGAAGAAUGCAGAUUUUGUAUGGUGAUUGAUGCCUCUAAUGCAUGAUCGAGCAACACAGAUUUUGAGAGGGCUUCCUAAUGCCUAUUCCGCAUGCGAAAUGCCCUCUCUGCGUAACACAAACCGGCGUCCUGUUCUUGCUGGUCAUGCAAUACAGAUUUUUUUGGAAUCCAAAGACAGCAUUAGAAGUUGCAAUCUUCCAGACCCAGACACUUUUGCAAUCCAUAAAUGAGUCGAUGCACCCAUCUUCGAUAACCUGGGACCAAGUUGCGGAAUUUUGCGGCCCCGCGUGGGGCGUGGAAAUUUCCUUCCUUCUCCCUUUGUUGUUUUGCUGCGGGUCUAUUCUCGCAGCGGUGCUCUUUGCACUGUUUUACACAUCCAAGUCCACCUCUAGGCGGAGCAGGGAUGCAACAGAAGAGGUCGACCUGUAGAGCGAGAGGGGGCUACUCUGUUGUGCUUUCGUGCUCCUGCGAUCAACAAAUUAUAUGCUUUGACUUUUUUUGCUGUAAUCGUAUCAAUGUAGUUUUCCGAAAACUAACAAGCACACACAGGAAUACGAUACUGAUUCUCAUUAUCUAGCCCAAGUACUUCUUGUUAUGUGGAGACCGAGACACACCUUCCAGGAGCUGCGUUACAUUUCUCUCAAAAGCAAAACUAACUACCAGACAAGCCUUGAAUUAGUACAGCCGUUGCGCGAUUAUAUUGGUGCACCAACAUCCUAGGACAAUUACGUUAUUAACGCCUGCGACCGUGAUUCGAUAGAGACUACCGAC